ACUUAUAAACAACUCUGUGAUAGUCAUAAUCUGAUACUUGGACAUAGUGCAACCUUGAAUUUCUUUCUGGUUCGUUGUAAACUAAUUGGUUCCUUCCUUCCACACAAUAAUACAAUUGGACUACAUUCAGGUUAACAUUCAAUUAAAUUUUGUUUCUUCUGCUAUUUCGUUUCGGUUGCACAGAAACACAUUUAACAAAUUAAGUGUAAGAUCAAGCGUAUCUCGUCUGCAUCUUUGGUGUAAAAAUGCCAGGAGAAAGUGAAGAUGGAGGCUUUGAUCGCGUUAUGGACCUGGUGGGAAAUGAUGGCAAAUUUCAGCGUUUUUAUAAUCAUUUCUACAACGUGGCACUGGUCGCCUUUGCAUCUAUGAGCUUCAUGAAUUGCGUAUUGGUUCUCAAUGAACCCGAACAUACAUGCCGUGUACCGGGAAGAGAGAACUACAACUUGACGGUCGACGAGUGGCUCAAUUUGACAAUUCCGAAUGAACCAGAUAAUCGAGGAGCGUUCAGCCGGAGUGGUUGCAAAAUGUUCAAUACUACACUAUUUGAACACCUACCGAUCAAUGAGUGGAAAUUUACUCAAAACGAUACGAUUGCAUGUGUACACGGCUACGACUACGAUAAAACAUGGUAUGCGCGUACAACAGUGUCUGAUCAGGACUGGAUCUGUGACAAAGCGCUUUAUCAAACAAAUGUAUUUGUGUGGCAUCGAGCCGGUGAAGUUGUCGGUACUUUCAUCUUCGGUCAGUUGGGGGAUGCAAUUGGACGAAGACCAGUGUUCUACUUAAGUGCUGUCAUCAUUAUCGCCGGACGUGUCAUGUCAUCCAUAACAGCAUCUAUUUAUUUUCUUUAUGCGGCUGCUUCAUUCAUUUCCAUGAUGACGAGUAUGCUCAUUUUUCUGAGUCCGUUGAUUAUUGCAAUGGAAAUAUCCAAGGAAGAGGACAGAGGCAAAAUCGCCAUGUUCCAAUGCAUCGGGUGGACGUUAGGCUUAAGCAUAAUGCCGUUAAUUUUUUGGGCGGUACGUGAUUGGGUAUGGUUUUUAAUGCUUACAACCUUACCGAUCGGACUGUUUGCGUUGUGGAACAAAUAUAUGAUUGAGUCGCCGCGAUGGCUGGCAACGAAAGGACAUCUGGGUAGAUGCGCUAAAGAACUGAAUCGAAUAGCUAAAAUAAAUGGGAAAGAUGUGAUCGUUACCGAAAAAAUGGUCAGAGAAUUACUGCCGAACGAGGAGUCGGAUGAUGUAUAUGGGAUUCUGUCACUGUUUACGCACUGGCGAUUGGCUAAGAACACAAUCAUGCUAAUCAUAUGCUGGAGCAACGCUUCAAUUACCUACUUUGUAUUGAUGUUGAUCUCAACGAGAAUGGGUGGUAAUCCAUUCUUAAGCUUUCUUUAUCAGAGCGCUAUUGAGCUGCCAUCGUUCAUUAUCGGCCGAUAUCUGGCAGAUAAAAUUGGUCGUCGAUAUUCGAACGCAAUUGCUAUGUUAUUCAUAUUCUUAAUAUGCAUUCCGGUGGCACUGAUUGCGCACGAUCCGAAUUUGGAGAAUCUAAUGACAUGCCUUGUCAUCGCCAUCAAAUUCUGUACGAGUGUCAUAUUUUUUGCCAUCAAUUUACAAUCGAUGGAAGUUUAUCCUACGUGCUUGCGUCAGUCUGGCAUUGCUGCAGGAGCUAUUGCAGCAAAUAGUUUAUCGGUUUUUGGACCGUACAUCGUGUAUCUUGGAACGGAGUACGAUGUAAGGUAUCCAUUCAUCGUGCUGGGUGCUUUGGGGCUCAUCGGUUUCUUUGCUGCAAUGUUUUUGCCUGAAACACUUUACCGUAAACUGCCAAAUACGUUAAACGAAGCGAAAAAGUUCGGCAAGGAUCAGAAGUUUUGGUUCUUACCAAGAAAACAUGUGGAAGCAACACAAGAUGAACUGGAAUCUCUGAAGAAGACCAAUGCGGCCAAGAAGACACACGACACUUUUAACGAUAAAACAUAAAAAAUCUUUUUUCUCAACUCAGUGACGAAAAGUAAAACUUUCGUUGGCUUUUCUGAGAAAAACGCUACAUGCAACUCGAUGCUAAAUGUUUUUUAGGCACAUGUCGAACGAAAAAAAAAUGAUAGAAAAGUAUUAGGUAGAUCUAAUAAAUUCUUAUGUAAUUGUUGA